CAGUGCUCUUCACCCCGCAGGGACCUACCAAGGCCAGUUCACCAACGGCAUGCGGCACGGCUACGGCGUGCGCCAAAGUGUGCCCUACGGGAUGGCGGUGGUGGUGCGCUCCCCGCUGCGCACGUCGCUGUCCUCGCUGCGCAGCGAGCACAGCAAUGGCACGGUGGCUCCGGACUCGCCGGCGGCGGACGGGCCCGCGCUGCCCUCGCCCCCGGUGCCGCGCGGUGGCUUCGCGCUCAGCCUGCUAGCCACCGCCGAGGCUGCGCGUCCCCCGGGGCUGUUCACACGUGGCGCGCUCCUGGGUCGGCUGCGACGCUCCGAGUCGCGCACAUCACUGGGUAGCCAGCGCAGCCGCUUGAGCUUCCUCAAGAGCGAGCUGAGCUCGGGCGCCAGCGACGCCGCGUCCACCGGCAGCUUGGCCGAGGGUGCCGAGGGCCCCGACGAUGCGGCCGCGCCCUUCGACGCCGACAUCGAUGCCACCACCACCGAGACCUACAUGGGCGAGUGGAAGAACGACAGGCGCUCAGGCUUUGGCGUGAGCGAGCGCUCCAGCGGCUUGCGGUACGAGGGUGAGUGGCUGGACAACCUGCGCCACGGCUACGGCCGCACCACGCUGCCCGAUGGCCACCGUGAGGAGGGCAAGUACCGCCACAACGUGCUGGUCAAGGGCACCAAGCGCCGCGUGCUGCCGCUCAAGAGCAACAAGGUCCGCCAGAAAGUGGAGCAUGGCGUCGAGGGCGCACAGCGUGCAGCAGCCAUCGCUCGCCAGAAGGCUGAGAUCGCUGCCUCCAGGACAAGCCACGCCAAAGCCAAGGCUGAGGCGUCAGAGCAGGCUGCUCUGGCUGCCAACCAGGAAUCCAACAUUGCCCGCACACUGGCCAAGGAGCUGGCCCCAGACUUCUACCAGCCAGGUCCGGAGUAUCAGAAGCGUCGGUUGCUCCAGGAGAUCCUGGAGAACUCGGAGAGCCUGCUGGAGCCCCCGGAGCGGGGCGCGGGCGCAGGCCUCCCGGAGCGGCCCCGGGAGAGCCCGCAGCUGCACGAGCGCGAGACCCCGCAGCCUGAGGUCGGACCCCCAUCUCCGGCCGGGACGCCCCCACAACCCAAGAGGCCCCGACCCGGGUCGUCCAAGGACGGCCUGCUGAGUCCGGGCUCCUGGAACGGGGAGCCCGGCGGGGAGGGCAGCAGGCCCGCCACGCCGUCCGAUGGCAUCGGCCGUCGCAGUCCGGCGCGUCCACCCUCGGAGCACAUGGCCAUCGAGGCGCUGCAGCCCCCGCCCGCGCCCUCGAGGGAGCCGGAGGUGGCGAUGUACCGCGGCUACCACAGCUAUGCCGUGCGCACCGGGCCUCCCGAGCCCCCGCCCUUGGAGGACGAGCCCGAGCCCGAGGUGUCCGGAUCCAACUCGGCGCCCCCGUCCCCCGCCUCCGCCACCGCCCCGGAGGAGCAGCCCCCUGCGCGGCGGAGUCCGGUGCCCGCCACGCCGGCAACUCUGGAGCCCAAGCCCAUUGUCCCUAAAGCCGAGCCCAAGGCCAAGGCGCGCAAGACGGAGGCCCGGGGGCUGAGCAAGGCCAAGAAGAAGGGUCGUAAGGAGGUGGCGCUGGCAGCAGAGGCCGAGGUGGAGGUGGAGGAGGUACCCAACACUGUCCUCAUCUGUAUGGUGAUCCUGCUGAACAUUGGUCUGGCUAUCCUAUUUGUUCAUCUCCUGACUUGACCCUCAUCUACCAGAGCCAGGAGUUGCACUGAGGAUGCCAGGAACUGUCUUUCCGCAAUGCCAAGCAGGUGUCCCAGGAGGAUUGGACUGUGGACUGAAGCCUUGCUCCACCCACUCCAUGGAUGUUUAAGGAGGCCUCCCAUGAGCCCAUUUGGGAUGAGCCCAUUGGGUGCCGGGAUGCCCGAGGAAGAGCAUGUCUAGGUACCCUGCAGGGCAAAGGAUGCCCUGAGGGAAGAGCCCCGGAAGCCCCGAGCCCCUUGACCAGCUCCCGCAUCUAUCCUCAGCCCUACCUCACCUUGCCCUGUCACCCUUCCCUGGGCUUUUGUGUGUUUUGAGAGACAUCACCAAAGCAAGAUAUUAAUACAAGUCUCUUCCUCCUACGCAACCACCAAUCUAGUACUCUGGUUGAUGGCUUGAGGCCACCCAGGAAGAUGAGGGGUGCAGAAGUCCCUUGGGUAGUGAAGGUGUGAAGACCCUGGAGAAGCACAGUCCUGCCUAGUCCAUGCUGCUCCAGAGUGUUUACAGAGUUCUGGAGGGCAGUGUAGGAAAUGGAGAAGCCCAGUUCAAUAUGCAGCAUGUAAUGGCCUGCAUCCUCCCAUUGGUCCAGUUGGCAUCCCCUAGGACCAGUCUCAGGGGAAACCUGAGCAUCUGAGCCUUUGGCUGGGAAGUCACCUAUAGGGGUCUGGGAAAGGGUGGGAAGAAGGCAAGGUAUGUUGUUAAUGGCUCCUGAUUUUGAGUGUGUCUGAGCCCGAGGCUGGAGUUCAUUUAGGGUCACUGAUGUGCCCUGGGUCGUCAUGUAGGAACCCUAGGCCUGAGAGCUGCAGCUACUGUGAUGUCCUAUGAAUUGGCUUAUCUGCUAUGGGAUCAGGGGAGCAUGGCGUGGACGCCCAUGGAAGGCAAGGGCUAUAUCCCUGGUGCAUAGUCUCUGGCAGAGAGAGCUGGAGACAAGCAUUAUCGAGGAAGACGGGAGUCAGUCUGGACUCCAGCUGGGGGCAGCCCGUGCAAUAGCGAAUUGUGCUUGGCAGAAGGUUUACUUGCAUGCACCUCACUUAAAGACGUUUGCACCACACUGCGUGUUUGGGCCCUUGGGCUUGCUGGGUGCGGCAUGGCAGCCCAGGACCUGUGGUUCCCUAUUUCCAGGAGCUUGGAAGGAAAUAGUUUCCAGGCCCCUCAAGCUUAGGGAAGAGGAGGCAGCGGCAUCCAAGCUGAGUUGGAGGAAGCUGCUGAUACUCUCUGGCUUCAUUUCUUUGGACCUCUUGGAGUUGGGCAUGGAAGCCAGAUCUCCCCCUAGAGCAGCCCUGAACAUGGAUAUUGGAGGUCAGCUUCCUUUUCUUCUCAGUCCACGGGCAUCUUCUCCUUGAGCGUCACGCUGGCUGUUCCCAGCACAGCUGGGCCUUGGUGACUUGAUUGGAAUCGCUUUUCUACAAAGAGGAGCCUGCAGAUGUUGCUGUUCCAGCCAGUGUGGGCAGGACUUUGCCCCUGGUUGGGUUUUCCUGGACUUUAGGGAAUGGGGUGGGUGGAGGUUACUUAGGGGUGACAGGCUCCAGGCCUUGGCUCUGAGGUCAUUGCUCCACUCUGGGUCCGGUCCAGCCCGGGGGACAUGCUUGUGACUGUCAGAGCGAUCAGGGUUGUUUUAGGAGGUCUGGAAUGAGGGGUUAGGGUUCAGGAUGCCAAGUCUGUGCCAAAAAUAAAUCUGCAUCUUCUCACA